GGGACUCCGUGUGUCUGCCGGGGGUAAUGCGCAAAGCCGGGCCUGCGCUGCCGGAGCAGAGGAGUCAGAGGCAGAGUCGCGUGGGGAAGGACCCGGAACCGCGGCGCAGGCAGUGGCUGCGUUUUACGCGCUGAGCGGUCGGCCGGUCUGCAGCCAGCGAAGGCGCUCGCGGGGUGGGGGGUGUGUGGAUCUGAGCUGGCCCGGGCGGUCGCAGGCGGAGGCCCGCGAAGAGGCAAGCGGCUUCCGCGGGGCGGAGGUGAGCGCGCCCUGCCGGUGGCGGCCGUGUCUCCCGGGAGAUGCUGUGACGGACUCGCGCGGGAGGAGCUCGCGCCUCGCCUCGCGCGCCCCACUGGACUCUGCGGCCGCGGCGGCUCGGUCACCCGCCCUUCUCUGUGGAAGUAUGCGAGACCUAACGGCACAGGUGACUAGUGGUCUUCUGCAGUUCCCGGAAGUGACUAUCCAAGCCCUUGGAGAAGACGAAAUAACAUUAGAAUCUGUGCUUCGUGGAAAGUUUGCUGCAGGGAAAAAUGGACUUGCUUGCUUGGCCUGUGGUCCACAACUUGAGGUAGUGAAUUCUCUAACAGGAGAGCGGUUGUCUGCAUAUAGAUUCAGUGGAGUAAAUGAACAGCCUCCUAUAAUCCUCGCUGUGAAAGAAUUCUCUUGGCAGAAGAGAACUGGAUUGUUAAUUGGAUUGGAAGAAGCAGAAGGGAGUGUUCUCUGUCUUUAUGACCUUGGUUUAUCAAGAGUGGUUAAAGCAGUUGUUCUUCCUGGACGGGUAACAGCUAUUGAACCUAUAAUUAAUCAUGGAGGAGCCAGCGCAAGCACUCAGCAUUUACACCCAAGUCUGCGAUGGCUUUUUGGUGUGGCAGCUGUGGUAACUGAUGUUGGACAGAUCCUUCUUAUUGAUCUAUGUUUGGAUGACUUGUCAUGCAGUCAGAAUGAAGUAGAGGCAUCAGACCUUGAAGUUAUAACUGGCAUCCCAGUUGAAGUACCGCACAUCAGAGAAAAUGUGAUGCGAGAAGGACGCCAUCUGUGUUUUCAGUUAGUCAGCCCAUCAGGAACAGCCGUUUCAACCCUUAGUUACAUAAACCGGACAAAUCAGCUUGCUAUAGGUUUUUCUGAUGGCUAUCUAGCACUUUGGAACAUGAAAAGCAUGAAAAAAGAAUACUACACACAGUUGGAAGGUGGAAGAGUUCCUGUAUAUGCUGUCACUUUUCAAGAACCUGAGAAUGAUCCUCGUAAUUGCUGUUACCUCUGGGCUGUUCAGUCUACACAAGAUAGUGAAGGGGAUGUUUUGAGUUUACAUCUGCUUCAGCUGGCCUUUGGUGACAGAAAGUGUUUGGCGUCAGGACAAAUCUUAUAUGAGGGGUUGGAGUACUGUGAAGAAAGAUACACACUGGACCUCACCGGUGGCAUGUUUCCUUUGAGGGGACAGACUGGUAAUACCAAACUUUUGGGAUGCCAGAGUAUAGAGAAAUUUCGAUCUCACGGUGACAGGGAGGAAAGCAUGAAUGAAGCUCUGUCUCCUGACACCAGUGUUUCAGUCUUUACCUGGCAGGUGAAUAUAUAUGGACAGGGAAAGCCUUCUAUAUAUUUGGGGCUUUUCGACAUAAAUCGUUGGUACCAUGCACAAAUGCCAGAUUCAUUAAGAUCAGGAGAAUAUCUGCAUAACUGCUCAUAUUUUGCAUUGUGGUCACUGGAUGCUGUUGUAAGUAGGACUUCUCCACAUUACAUCUUGGAUAUAUUAGUACACGAGAGAAGUUUAAGUCGAGGAGUUCCUCCCUCAUACCCACCUCCUGAGCAGUUUUUUAACCCAAGUACUUACAAUUUUGAUGCCACUUGUUUGUUAAACUCAGGAGUUGUUCAUAUAACUUGUACUGGCUUUCAGAAGGAGACUUUGACUUUUUUAAAGAAAUCAGGACCAUCUCUCAAUGAAGUCAUUCCUGAUGGUUAUAAUCGAUGUCUUGUGGCUGGCCUUCUCUCACCAAGACUUAUUGAUAUUCAACCUUCCAGUUUAAGUCAGGAAGAACAGUUAGAAGCUAUAUUGUCAGCAGCAAUCCAGACAAGUUCUCUGGGACUUUUGACAGGGUGUAUCAAAAGAUGGAUAACAGAAGAACAACCAAAUUCUGCUGCUAAUUUACGCUUUGUUCUUGAAUGGACAUGGAAUAAAGUGGUUUUCACAAAAGAGGAAUUUGACAGACUAUGUACACCGUUAUUUGAUGGUUCAUGUCGUUUCAUCGACCCACAAACUAUACAGUCUCUCCAGCAGUGCCAUUUACUUCUUAGCAAUCUUAGUACAGUCUUAAGCUGUUUUGCAGCUGAGGCCCACGACAUCACUGAGAGAGGUCUUACAGAUUUAAGCAAUAAGUAUAUGGUUACCCAGCUCAUCUGUCAGUAUGCACAAGUGGUUCUUUGGUUCUCUCAUUCUGGCCUUUUACCAGAGGGCUUAGAUGAUGCUGUGCAGUUGUCAAGGUUAUGCUACAACUACCCCGUAAUUCAGAAUUACUACACCAGCCGUCGACAGAAGUGUGAGCGUUCAUCAAGAGGGAAGUGGAACCCUGAUUGCUUAAUGAUUGAUGGAAUGGUUUCUCAGUUAGGAGAUCGAGUAGAGAAGUUGUGGAAACGGGACGAAGGAGGCACAGGAAAAUAUCCUCCUACAAGUCUACAUGCGUUACUUGACAUAUACCUACUAGACAACAUUACUGAAGCAAGCAAGCAUUCUGUUACUAUUUAUUUGCUACUUGAUAUUAUGUAUUCCUUUCCAAACAAAACGGAUACUUCAAUUGAAUCAUUUCCAACUGCCUUUGCCAUUUCUUGGGGCCAGGUUAAACUUAUUCAAGGAUUUUGGCUGAUAGAUCAUAAUGACUAUGAGAGCGGUUUGGAUCUUCUGUUUCACCCGGCUACUGCAAAACCUGUGUCAUGGCAACAUUCAAAGAUUAUUGAAGCCUUCAUGAGUCAGGGUGAGCACAGACAAGCCCUCAGAUACAUUCAGACAAUGAAGCCAACAGUGUCCAGUGGUAGAGAUGUUAUCCUUCACCUCACUGUUUUGCUUUUUAAUAGGUGCAUGGUGGAGGCCUGGACUUUACUGCGACAACAUUCUAAUAGGUUGAAUAUAGAGGAGCUGCUCAAACAUACAUAUGAAGUCUGUCAGGAGAUGGGCUUAAUGGAGGAUUUACUGAAGCUACCAUUCACAGACACUGAGCAGGAGUGUUUGGUGAGAUUUUUACAGUCCAGUGCGAGUGUUCAGAAUCAUGAAUUCCUUUUAGUUCACCAUUUGCAGCGUGCCAAUUAUAUUCCUGCCUUGAAGCUGAACCAGACUCUGAAGAUUAAUCUUAUGAAUGAUCGUGAUCCUCGUUUGCGAGAGAGAUCAGUGACUCGAAAUUCUAUAAUAGACCAAUAUGGGAAAAUUCUUCCUAGAGUCCAGCGAAAAUUAGCCAUUGAGCGAGCAAAGCCUUACCAUCUGUCAGCGUCAUCAGUUUUUCGAGAAGUUUCUAGACCAAAACCAUUAUCAGCAGUUCCAAAGCAGGCUGUAACUGGGACUGUGUUAACAAGAUCUACUUUCAUCAAUAAUGUGUUAUCUAAAAUUGGAGAGGUCUGGGCAAGUAAUGAACCCGAAAAUAGCAUCUCUGUCUACAAUAGUCCUAAAGUAGAAGAACCCUCUCCUGUAGCAUAUUCUCUCCCAGAUCCAGAGCUGCCUGAGGCAUUUGUUGGGACACCAAUUACAAAGGCAUCACAAAGAAUUUCUAGACUGCUGGAUUUGGUUGUUCAUCCUGUCCCCCAGCCCUCUCAGUGUUUGGAGUUGAUUCAGCAAAGCCCCACAAGGUCUCCUUGGUCCGUGGCAUCUAGUUCAUUGCCAGUAAGUUCACAAUUAAAAGGAUCACGUCAGAAUGCCUCCAGGGCUUCAGAAUUACAUUUACUUGAAACUCCUCUUGUUGUUAAGAAAGCUAAGACUUUGGCUAUGUCAGUUACUUCCUCUGGAUUUGCCGAGUUCACUCCUCAAUCCAUCCUAAGGUCUGGUCUUCGAACAACACCUUUAGCAUCUCCCUCUCUGUCACCUGGAAGAUCUCUUAGUCCUCCUUUACGACUCAAAGAAACUAGAAUUUCGUUCAUGGAAGAAGGCAUAACCACGAAAUGGACUGCUGCUACUGUAGAUGACAGCAAAGCAAAAACAUUUAUUACUGCAUCUUUACAUAAAUGUGGGGCUCCAGCAGAAACUGAAUGGCUGAAGAACAAAGAUAAGACAACAUCUUUUCCCCUGGAUAGCCCUGAAGAGGAGCAUCAAGAAAUGGAUGUCAGAUCACAGGAUACAACUUCACAAAGUUUGGAGAAACUGGAUGUGAGCGUAGAAAAUAGCAAUACUUCCACCAGAUCAGACCAGACUACCUUAGAGUAUCAGGAUGCUCCAUUACCAGAAGACUUUGAAGAUAUUUUGAUAGCCUCUAAGUCAGUGAGCUCUUCCACUGAACUGAUUGCUAAUUUAACUGAACAGACUGAGAAGAACAGUGAUAAAGAUACAUUUGAACCAGGAGUGACUCCUCCAGAGCCAGAGAAACAAAUGGGCACUUUAGAAGAUGCAGAAGCAAAGGAUGGCUUAGUUGUGGAGGGUGUGCUUUCAGAAUUAAAUCACUUAAGCCCCAUUCAAGGAGUUGAAGCUUCUCUUUGUGUACCAUCAGUCCGGGAAGAGGAACUCCUCACCCUGAAGUCCACAGUACCUGUCUUAGACGAAGGACUGGUCUCUGUUGAAGCCUGUACCUCUGCAGUUACAGCAGGUAGCAAUAAAUCCAUGCCCGAAGUCCCUGGUGAUAGUGGAAGAUCUGGGCCUGUUACCUCUGAAAGCCCUGUGGUCUCUGAACAUAGGCUUGACCAGGAAGUAGAAUUGAACUUAAAAGAAGAUCAUGAAAUAGAAGUUGAUGUACUAAAAGCAAGUGUUGACUUACCAGAAGAAAAGGCUCCAAUUUCUGAUGAUCCUCCUGAUACUCAAGAAAUUCAUGUAAUUGAACAUGAAAAGCUUGAAGGUCAAGAUUCAGGACAAGAGGCUAGGAAUCUUUCAUUUAAUGAGUUGUAUCCCUCAGGAACUCUUAAGCUUCAAUACAAUUUUGAUACCAUUGAGCAACAGUUUUGUGACUUACCUGAUAAUAAAGAUUCUGCUGAGUGUGACAUUGCUGAGGUGGAUGGAGAACAUUUUGUGGCACAGAGCAACUUUACCUUGAUUUUGGAAGGUGAAGAAGGAGAAGUAGAGACAGAUGAUUCUGCAGCAUCUGAUGUGUUAGCUAAAGCAGCUAAUGCAGCCACUGAGGAAAAACAUGUAUGCAGUGAGGAAAGUGAGAAUCACAGGCAUGUUGCAGAUUUGCCAUCUGUCAUAACGAGUGAUCAGGAGUCCCAGAGGGUAGAGACAUUACCAUAUGUGCCUGAACCAAUUAAAGUAGCAAUUGCAGAAAAUUUAUUAGAUGUAAUUAAAGACACAAGAAGUAAAGAAAUUACUUCAGAUACAAUGGAACAGUCCAUUCAAGAAAACAUACCUUUAAUAAGCCAAAAGGUAAAGUGUUCCACCAAGUUGGCCAACUCUACAACUAAAACUGUUCAGGAAACAAGUACAGUGACUAUAAAUGUCGGCGAGGUUAAUGACAUGAUUUCCUCCAGAACUCGCAAGAGAGGACGUGUCCAAAACCUGAAUGUCAAAUCAGCACAGCAGGAAGAGCCAGCAGCUGUUGCUACUCCUGAGAUGCUGGGGCUUUCAGUUACAAAGAAAACUAGGAAAACAAAAGAAAUUGCAGGGGCUCUGGAAAGUGCCUGUUCUGAUGACAAGGGAGAAUCUCAUAACCAGCAAAUACCUCAAAAUUCUAUUACUCCUAGGAGAGGAAGGAGAAAAAAAGAUGUUAAUCAAGACACAUUAGAAAAUGCUAAUUCUGUAGAACAAGAAUUAAAAGUUACUCCAGGUAGGGGAUUAAGAAGGUUAAAAUCAUCUCAGCUGUUGGAAGCAGCAACUGAAGAAAGUUCUUUUAGAAAAGAAGUUAAGCUUUCAUCUGCUACAAAAAGGACUCCUAGAAGAACUAAAUCUGUAGAAAAUCGGGAAAGUGUUGAAGUUAUAAAUGAUCUGAAAGUCAGCAAAGUAGCAGGUCCUAUCAGAAGUACCAGAAAAUUGAGAAGUACUCAUUUGGAAGCUUCUGAAAGUGUAGGAUAUAAACAAGAGGGGGAGUCCACUGAACAACAGCUGCCUAUUCAACGUGGUAAAAGGGUUAAAAAGAAAGAAGUUAGUGCGUUGGAUGUUACAGAAGAUUCCAAACUUGAUUCCUCCCAGUUGACUAUUCAAGCAGAUUUUGGUACGCCUGCUACACCUAGGAAACGUGGUAGACCAAGAAAAAUCAGUCCAUCUGAAGAUGUAGAAUCUAAGGCUGUUACAGAAGCAGGAAGUCUCAAAAAGAGAGAAGGUCUCAGCAUCCAAAGGAGAUCCACAAGAAACACCCCAGCUAAAAGUGAAAAUACUGAUGUCGGAAAACCAACUUUAGAAGAGUCAGUUUUCAUGCCAAAUGAGGAAGUUGCUGCGGUGAUGAGCUCUAAGAAGAAGCUUACAAAAAGGACUGAAAACCAAAGCCAAAAACGUUCAUUACGUUCAAUACCAGAAAAGUGCGUAGAUGAAGAAAUGGCACACAAAGAGCCAGAUGACCAAGAAGAAAAAUUGCUUGCUACAGUUGCUUUGACUAAAUCUUCCCGUAGCACACGGACUAGAUCUACCAAGGCCAUCUUGUUGCCGGACCUUUCUGAACCAAAAAAUGAGUCUCUUUUAUUUUCUCCUCCUAUGUCAAAGAUUCCAAGGAAAGAGAAAGCUAAAAAAAUAGAGGCUCCUGCACAGCUGCAAGAAUUAGUUUCAGACUUACCUUCUCAAUUUGUCUCCUCACCUCCUGCUUUAAGGACCAGGCGGAAAAACCCAUUGAAUACAUCCAAACAUACAGAUGGACUGGAAGAUGAUGGUCAAACAACUGAAACUGUGGGAAAGCAACAAGUGAAAAGAAUCAGGACUGCAAAAACAAAACAAGCAAGCAAAAACACAGAAAAAGAAAGUUGGUCACCUCCCCCAGUAGAAAUUAAGCUGAUUUCUCCCUUGGCAAGCCCAGUUGAUGGAGUCAAGAGCAAACCAAGAAAGACUGCAGAAGUAACAGGAAAAACUGUUGGAAGGAGCAGGAAGAAGUUGUCUUCUUUUCCAAAGCAAGUUCUACGCAGAAAAAUGCUGUAAUUUUUUCAAGUUUUUUAAUGUACACCUAUUUGUAAAGUCAUCAGAAUUGUGUGGAUUAUUAAAAAUCAUUAAUUUGGAAGAAAAUAAUUUAUAUAAAUUAUUGUAAAUUUUUGUAAACAAUGUCUUCAAUAAGUAAAGUAACUCCAUAUGGAGUGUGAUUCUUUUAGUCCAGGCAGUUUUUUCUAUUUUAUAAUAAGACUUCAUACAUUUAUAUAAUAUGUAAAUAUGGCUUAUUGGAAUGUUAAAUAAAGUAUACUUUACAGUA